UCGGGGAGCCGGUCGGGUUCCCGCUCGCCGCCGCCGCCCCCCGCAGCGACUCUCCCGCCUCUCCCGCCGCGCCGGUCGCGGGAGCUGCCGCGCUAACUCUGCUCAGCCGUGGAGCCGCUGGUCCGGUAGCACAGAGUCCGGGACGCGACACGCCGAGCCCCCCCAUCGCCUCCAGCCGCGGAGCCCCCUCCCCGGUCCGCCCCGGUCCUACGCGGCCGCCGGAGCCCCAUCCCCGAGCGGCCCCGCGGUCCGGUGCCCGCAUCCCGGCCCCUGCACUCCCGCAGCCGCCGCCCCCCACCCAGAACAUGGAUUCCGACUCCUGCGCCGCCGCCUUCCACCCGGAGGAGUACUCCCCCGGUUACAAGAGGCGUAGGACCGUGGAGGAUUUCAACAAAUUCUGCACCUUUGUCUUGGCCUAUGCUGGCUACAUCCCUUAUCCGAAGGAGGAACUCCCUUUGAGGAGCAGCCCUAGCCCUGCCAACAGCACCGCAGGUACCAUUGACAGCGAUGGCUGGGACGCUGGUUUCACCGACAUCUCGUCCGCGGUGCCCUUGCCGGUCUCUGACCGCUGCUUUGGCCACCUGCAGCCCACUCUCUUGCAGCGAGCCAAGCCCAGUAACUUCCUGCUGGACAGAAAGAAGACCGACAAGCUGAAGAAGAAGAAGAAGAGGAAGCGAAGGGACAGUGAUGUGCCCGUGAAGGAGGGGUACAUGGGCAGCCUGCUGAAGCUGGAAGCCUCUGAUCCAUACGUGGAGACCCCCACGAGUCCCACCCUGCAGGAUAUGCCCCAGGCCCCUGGCGAUCCCUGCUCGGGCUGGGACUCCGAUACUCCUUCCAGCGGAUCUUGUGCCACGGUGUCACCUGACCAGGUCAAAGAAAUAAAAACUGAAGGCAAACGGACUAUCGUCCGGCAGGGAAAGCAGGUGGUGUUCCGCGACGAGGACAGCACUGGCAACGAUGAGGACAUAAUGGUGGAUUCAGACGACGACUCGUGGGACCUCGUCACCUGCUUCUGCAUGAAGCCAUUUGCUGGCCGCCCGAUGAUAGAGUGUAAUGAGUGCCAUACUUGGAUUCACCUGUCCUGUGCCAAAAUCCGGAAAUCCAAUGUUCCGGAAGUGUUUGUCUGCCAAAAGUGCCGGGACUCCAAGUUCGACAUCCGCCGGUCCAACCGUUCUCGAAUGGGCUCCCGGAAGCUGUUUCUGGACUGACUGCUGGCGAUCCUGGAGACUGUGGGUGAAGAAUUGGAAGGGAUGGGACGAUGGGCUUUUUGGCCCUUUUCUUAGUUGAGCACAGAACUCUCAGCUCUGGUGCAGGCAGACUCCUGCCAUUCAGGUGCCUAAGUAAAAGAACAGGCUGACCAUGGUAUAAACUGUACAUAGCCAGUGACUGAAUAAAGUCCUCGUGGGCCAAAGCUGCUGCUGGAGCUGUGUUCUCGGCAGUGGAGGUGGACUAAACACCCCAGUGCAUGGGUUUGGUUCAGCGGAAAAUGAGGGUCCGUGGCAGUUGUGAAUUCUUGAUACCGUUAACAAACUCCCGCCGAUUGGAACAAGUGCUACAUGUUACUCUGCUUCCUCUGUGUUGGGGACAAAGGUUUCCCUGGCCUGUUAACGAACAGCCAUACGUGCAGACUUUUUCUCGAGUGUGUCUUUUACCAUAAGUGUCUGUAUAGCAACCAUCAACGCUGCCCCUCCCUUGGUGGUCCACCCUCUGCCGGCCUCUGCUGCCUCUGUCCUGGAGGCUGCCUGCUGGACUCCUCUGGUCUCACUCAGAGAAGAGCUGGGGCCUUGGGCGAGUGGUGGUGUCUCAUUGUCCUUCUGUUCGUUAAAAGGGAUAGUGUGUGGCCACUUCUUUGUAGAAAGAGGAUUGGUUGGGAGAUUGAGGUGGCCCGUGUUCAUAACUCAAUUUCCUGUUUUGCACGAUGUAAAAACCCUGUCUUUUUGCACGAUAUAGCCAAAAGUAUUGGCAGAUUUUUGCCUGGGUGCCGUGUCUCUCCGGUUGACACAUGGAGGCCUGUGGGUACCCAGGCCAGGUGUUUCCAAGCGAGGGAGCACUUUGGUUCCCUCCUCGUCUCUUCCCUUCACAUUGUUCCAGUAGCAGCGUAAAGGUUAGGCGGUCCCUGGGGAAUGGCCUUCCUUGACAAAGGGAAAUCGGGAGGAAGGCCUCCCCACGGGUGAUCCUUAGUGUCCCCUCAUACAGGUUGGCCUGCUGGUUCCACAGGCCAAGGUUAGGACUUGAAGCCUUUUUGGUUUGAGUUGGUGAGUGAGUGCUUUGGUAACAUUGGCGUCCAGGUACAUGCCAUUGAACUGUAGAGCUCCUCAGAUCUGGACUGGGGCACCUUGCAGGUCUGACUGCAGAAGCCGGGGAGUUCGCCCCCGAAAGCCUGCAGGGCUCUCUCCAGGUUAGUGAGCCCCAGGACACUGGUGGUUCUGGGGCUCUGAGGGCCAGGGCUUCAGCUUUGUCCCAAAUUGACAUUGCUUUUUAGCAGUUCGAAUACUUGUUUUCUUUUUUUUUUGUAAAUCGAUGGGUGUGUUUUUAUAAACAUUGUUUCUUGUAAAAGCAUGAAAAGGGAAGAAUGCCCAAGUUGGUCAUACUUGUUUACAGCAGGAUGGACCCCAGUCUCCCUGCCGGGGGCUUCUCCGGGUGGCAUCCUUGUGCAGGGCCACCAGGUGGACGCCCUCCACAUUCUCUCACUGAAGCACCAAGGGUUUGAGCUGUAACUGGCUAAUCAGAGCCCAUAUUUUGUCCUAGUAUCAUUCAUGCUUGACAAGCCAACUGCCUUUUUUUUUUGGCUUUAAUUCUGUUGCUUUUAUUAACAGAAAUACUGAAACCCAGUUUAUUGUCAAGAUCCCCAAGGGGGAAGUUGUGUUGUAAAAAGAAAUAGUAAGAAGCUGGUUCAGAAACAAACUUCUCCCCAGGCAGCUGUCUCUGGCUCUGAUUAGGGCAAAUAUGCAGGAGAAGUUGGGAGAGGACUUUGCCAAAGAUCCGCCCCAGGACAUUGCUUGUCCAGUGUCUUCACCAUGAGAAUAGCCAAAGUUCCAAAGUGUUUUUCUUUUCUUUUUAAAAUAACCCUACAAAGUUUUAAAGGUGCAUGUGAGAGUACAUGUAAUUUGACAGUGGAACGGCCAAUGUCGGCUAUUGCAGUCUGCCCUUAGAAGGUUCGAGGCCUGGAGAUUCCUGGAAGGCUUUUGAUAUUCAUCUCAAUUUCUGUUUCUUCAUUUCCUUUGUUUUUUAAACAGGUGGAACCCUGUGGGUGGUGUCUAAGAAGUCAAGACACCUUGUUUUGUGUUGAUGGAGCUGGCAGCUGCAAUCAGCUUUAUGCAAAUUAGGUGUGGCCCAACUAGGGGCUCCUGGUUGGUGGCUGAUGAAGUGAGGGGAGGGAAAGAUGUCACCCCCCCAAAGCAGGCGCCUCCCAUUGGCUUUGGCCAGGCCAGACACUUAACAUCGUUUACAUAGUUCUGUGUAAUUGUAAAGUUUAUGUGUAAAAAGCGAAGCUGUUUCUGUGAAACUGUAUAUUUUGUAAAUAAAGAUAUUGCUAC